AUGGAUCUUGUGAACCACUUGGAAGGAAGGCUGCUGUUUGCAGUGCCCAAGAAGGGCCGCCUCCAACAAGCCACUCUUGACCUUCUCGCUGGCUCCGACAUUCAAUUCCGUCGCGAGACCCGUCUUGACAUUGCCUUGGUCAAGAACCUGCCCAUCGCGCUCAUCUUCCUGCCCGCUGCCGAUAUCCCAACCUUUGUGGGUGAGGGUCGCGUGGAUCUCGGUAUCACCGGUCGCGACCAGGUCGCUGAGCACGAUGCCACUCUCCCUGCUGGGGAAACCUCUGGUGUCGAGGAGAUCCUCGAUCUCGGCUUCGGUGGCUGCAAGCUUCAGGUCCAAGUGCCAGAGAAGGGCGAUAUCACCGAAGCCAAGCAGUUGAUUGGCAAGAAUGUGGUGACCAGCUUCACUGCCCUGACGGAGGCGUUCUUUGCCAAGCUUGAGGGCGUCGAAUCUGGCUCCAAGUUGACCACGAAGAUCAAGUAUGUCGGCGGCAGCGUCGAGGCCGCAUGCGCCCUGGGUGUUGCGGACGGUAUCGUGGAUCUUGUCGAAUCCGGGGAGACCAUGAAGGCUGCUGGUCUCAAAGCCAUCGAUACUGUUGUCGAGAGCACAUCCGUUCUCGUCAAGUCUCGCGGCUCAAACAGUGACCUCGUCAAUUUGAUCACCUCACGUAUUCGGGGUGUGAUCACCGCCCAAAAAUUUGUGCUUUGCCAGUACAACAUCCCCCGCGCCAGGCUGUCCGUCGCUUGCAACAUCACACCUGGGAAGCGUGCGCCCACCGUCACUGCCCUCGAAGAAGAGGACUGGUUGGCAGUCAGCUCAAUGGUGGAAAAGAAGCGUGUCGCGACAGUCAUGGAUGAGUUGAUCAAGGUCGGUGCGACGGACAUUCUAGUCCUGAACAUUGCCAACUCGCGUACGGACUAA